CACACACACACACAACAAAUUCUCUUGUUUGCAUUUCAUCUCUGCUUUACCUUGUUUCCUAGUCUAGCUUUCCAGAUCUCUCCUGGACAUCGAUAAACACUACAUUUGGAUGAAUGUGUUUGCUGUUCACGCUGAGGCUGUGUCAGUGGAUUCAUACACCAUUUGGCAGUUACCUUUGAAUUGUGAGUUGGCCAGACAAAAAAACCUGCAUCCGAAAUUGCAUACCAUUUAUACUAUAUAGUGGGUGAAAAACAGAACAAGGGUAGAAAAGAAGCAUCUGGAUGACCUACCGCUACCAGCUAGAUUGAGGGGUGUGCAUCCAAUGGACACUUCACUAUCCCAUAAAACCACAGGAUUUUUGAAUGGCAGCAAAGCAACACAACUUGACAUUGCACUUCCUGUAAAAUGAGUCUUAAUGAUCCAAGCGAGGAGGGGGUUUCUGUUCAGAAAUGUAAAGCAGCAUCUCCAGAACACAGCUGUGUGUCUAUGAAGAGUGACACAUCCAUGAACCCUCCCCCUAAACUUAGUGAUGGAGUAGUGACCUCUGACUCUGAUAGUUCUGUCUGUAGUAUGAGUCUCUAUGAGUGGAGAAAGGAGGGGGUUCCUGUUCAGAAACAUAAAGCAGAAUCUCCAGAACCCAGCUGUUUGUCUAUGAAGAGUGACACAUCCAUGAACCCUCCCCCUAAACUUAGUGAUGGAGUAGUGACCUCUGACCCUGAUAGUUCUGCCUGUAGUAUGAGUCUCUAUGAGCGGAGAAAGGAGGGGGUUCCUGUUCAGAAACAUAAAGCAGAAUCUCCAGAACCCAGCUGUUUGUCUAUGAAGAGUGACACAUCCAUGAACCCUCCCCCUAAACUUAGUGAUGGAGUAGUGACUUCUGACCCUGAUAGUUCUGCCUGUAGUAUGAGUCUCUAUGAGCGGAGAAAGGAGGGGGUUACUGUUCAGAAACAUAAAGUAGAAUCUCCAGAAGCCAGCUGUGUGUCUAUGAAGAGAUACAGAUCCAUGAAUGACCCUCCUGAACUCAGUGAUGGAGCAGUGACCUCUGACCCUGAAUUGAAAAGAUUCAAAGACCAGCACAAAACCAACAUGAAGAACAAGUAUGAAAGAUUAUUUGAGGGAAUCAUACAACAAGGGAAUCAAACCCUCCUGAACAGGAUCUACACACAACUCUACAUCAUAGAGGGAGAGAGUGAACGAGUGAAUGAAGAACAUGAGGUUUUACAGAUGGAGAAAAGACCCAGAACACAAGACAUUCCAAUCUACUGCAAUGACAUCUUUAAACCCUUACAUCAACCAGGAUGUGAAGAGAAAGACAAAAUCAAGACUGUUCUUACUAAAGGCAUCGCUGGAAUUGGAAAAACCGUCUCUGUGCAGAAGUUCAUUCUGGAUUGGACUGAGGGAAAAGCCAAUCAGGAUGUAGAUUUCAUGUUUGUGCUUCCAUUUCGAGAGCUGAACUUGAUUAAAGAUCAGCAGUACAGUCUUCACAGACUCCUGCUGGACUUUCACCCUGAACUUCAUGAUCUGGACUUAAAGAUUUACGAGGAGUGCAAGGUUGUGUUUAUCUUUGAUGGUCUGGAUGAAAGCAGAAUUACACUGAUGUUUUCAGACAGACAAAAAGUUUGUAAUGUGAAUAAAUCUUCAUCAGUGGGUGUGUUGAUGUCAAACCUCAUCAGAGGAGAGCUGCUUCCCUCUGCUCUCAUCUGGAUCACCUCCAGACCAGCAGCAGCCAAUCAGAUCCCCUCAGAAUAUAUCAACCGUGUGACAGAAAUUCAGGGAUUUAAUGAGCCGCAGAAGGAGGAAUAUUUCAGGAAGAGAAUCAGUUGCAAGCAUCAAGCUGACAGAAUCAUCUCACACAUUAGAAGAUCAAGAAGUCUCCACAUCAUGUGUCACAUCCCCGUCUUCUGCUGGAUCUCAGCCACUGUGCUUCAAAACCUCCUAAAACAAAAUUACAGUGCAGAAAUCCCUCAAACUCUGACUGAAAUGUACAUCCACUUCCUGCUGACUCAGAUUAACAUGAAGAAGCAAAAGUAUGAUGAAAAAAGAACAGAGAAACCCCUGAAGUCCAGCAGAGACGUGAUUAUAAAACUUGCUAAACUGGCUUACAAACAGCUGAUGAAGGGCAAUGUGAUGUUCUAUGAGGAGGACCUGAUUGAGAGCGGCAUAGACGUCACUGAUGCUGCAGUGUAUUCUGGGAUUUGCACUGAGAUCUUUAAGGAGGAAUCUGUGAUUCAUCAGAGGAAAGUCUACUGCUUCAUUCAUCUGAGCUUUCAGGAGUUUCUAGCAGCUUUCUAUGAGUUUUAUACCUACAUAGUCAAGAAGAUUAAAUUACAGAAGUCGUUUCAGGAUAAUCAGUAUCGCUUGUACAGUCGGGAAUUCUCUUUGUAUGAGCCAGUAGAAACAGCAGUUAAUAACUCCGUACAGAGUCAAAAUGGACACCUGGAUCUUUUCCUGCGGUUCCUGCUGGGCAUCUCACAGGAGUCUAGUCAGAGACUCUUACAGGAUCUGCUGACACACACAGUGAACAGCUCAGAAGCCAUCAAGAAAAUCACACAGUACAUUAAGGACAAAAUCAAGGGUAAUUCAGGUCUCUCAGCUGACAGAUGCAUCAAUCUGUUUCUCUGUCUGCUGGAAAUGAAGGAUCAGACUCUGUACAGAGAGAUUCAGAUGUUUGUGAAAUCAGAGACUCGCUCAGUUAAUCGACUUUCUCCUGGGCACUGCUCAACAAUUGCCUACAUGCUGCAGAUAUCUGAGGAUGUGCUGGAUGAGUUUGAUCUUAAGAAAUACAACACAUCAGAUGAGGGUAGAAGGAGACUGAUACCAGCUGUGGUGAACUGCAGAAAAGCUCUAUUUGCUUGCUGUAAUCUCACUGGUCAGUGCUGUAGAAGUUUGUCUUCAUCUCUGCAAUCAUCAAACUUACUGAGAGAGCUGGACCUGAGUAACAAUGACCUGCAGGAUUUAGGUGUGAAGUUUCUGUCUGAUGGACUGAAGAGUUCACACUGUCAACUCAACAUACUGAGAUUGACCAGCUGUAAUCUCACUGAUCAGUGUUGUGAAAGUUUGUCUUCAUGUCUACAAUUAUCAAACUCACUGAGAGAGCUGGACCUGAGUAAUAAUGACCUGCAGGAUUCAGGAGUUAAGCUUCUGUGUGAUGGACUAAAGAGUUCACACUGUCAACUCAACAUACUGAGAUUAUCUGGCUGUAUGGUGACAGAGGAAGGCUGUUGUUUUCUGGCUUCAGCUCUGAGUUCAAACCCCUCACACCUGAGAGAGCUGGAUCUGAGCUACAAUCACCCAGGACAAUCGUUAGUCAAGCUGCUCGCUGAUCCAAACUACAGACUUGACAAACUCAAUGUGGAUCACGGAGGAGAGAUAAGGAUUACAACAGGACCACAGAAAUAUGCAUGUGACCUCACACUGGAUUUAAACACAGCAAACACUCGUCUCAUUCUGUCUGAGAGGAACAGAAAGGCAUCGUAUGUGAGGGAGAAGCAGCCGUAUCCUGAUCAUCCAGAGAGAUUUGAUGAGUGUCUUCAGGUUCUGUGUAGAGAGAGUCUGAUUGGACGUAGUUACUGGGAGGCUGAAGGGAGUGGGAAUGUUUGUAUGUCAGUGACGUAUUCAGGAAUCAGCAGGAAAGAAUGGAGGAGUGACUGUAGGUUUGGAUACAGUGAAAAGUCCUGGAGUCUGAACUGUUCUAAAGACAGUUUCUUUGUCAUACACAAUAAUAAGCGCACAGACAUAUCUGCCCCUUCACGUCGCUCUAACAAAGUAGGAGUGUAUCUGGACUGGUCGGCCGGCACUCUGUCCUUUUACAGUGUCUCUGACACACACACACUCACACACUUACACACAUUCAACAGCACAUUUACUGAACCACUCUAUGCUGGAUUUGGAUUUGAUUAUGGUUCCUCAUGUGUGAGAUUAAAAAUCUUUCUGUAAUUACCAGUGCGAUAUAGAAACACACACAUAGAUUCUGUUUUGUUUUUAAAAAGAUAUUUCAAUGCAGCUCAACAGAGGUUUUGUCUUUCUGAGUCUCUGAGCACCACCUGAAGGAAGAUUUAGUUUCUCACUCACAGGAAACAGUUCUUAGCAACCUCUAGAUCCGUUACUAUGGUGGUUGAGGGUCAGUCAGAGCUCAUCUUCUAGACACACUUAAUUGCAAAUUUUAAAGGCUGUGGAGCUCAUCUUACUUUAUAGAAGGCUGACAUCUCUUCCUGAUCACUCGUCAACUGUCUCACAAGCACAGUCAAAUUGAUUGUUUAAUAGAGUUGAAGAUGUGGAUUAACCUUAUGUCACAUUUAGUCUUUGUAGAGACUCAAUGAUCAGGAGAGUUUGAGAAUCUCUCAUAAUUGUACAGCUUGAAUACAUUCAACGAUCAGGUUUUGAGAUUAGCAUUAUUAUGGGCUGAUGUUAUUUUCAGAUUAUGUAUUUUAGACUGUUGCUUCCAAAUCUUCUCAGCCAUUUAAUAGAAAAGUAUCAUUAUCUGUUCAAUUAACUAUUAUAUCAUAAUAUGUAAUUAUUGUAAUUUUCAUUAAUAAAUGUCUGUUUUCACUCAGUAUUGGUAAACACUGUAAGUAAUUUGUUAAAUGUUUUAUUAUAAA